AUGUUUGAUAAUACACAAGACUCUAGUAGUUCUAUGUGUGGUAGGUAUGAAGAAACAAAGGAGCAUUUGUUUUUUGAUUGUACUCAUGCCAGAGAAGUAUGGAGUGGUCUUAAUGUCAAUAUAGAUCUAGCCAGAAACAACAACAACGCAGUUCCUGAAUGGAUGAUAAGUUGGUUCUCCUCUACACAGAUUGAUGAAGAUGAAAAAAGGUUUCUACCUCUUUUGAUAGGUGCUUGGGUCAUUUGGAAGGACAGAUGCGAAUUAAUUUUUCAGGGAGUAACUCUUAACUCUACUACAUAUGUGCAUAAAAUACAUUACCACCUUACUUCACAUAUGCAUGUAGAAAAUAACUCUUUGAAUAUUGAUGUGAAUGGUGCUAAGAUUUCAAAAUGGAAACCACCUUUAGAAGGUGUUAUUAAGCUCAACAUAUAUGCAUCUUAUGAUCAUGAUACUAAUGAAUUUGGAACUGGCAUUGUCAUGCGUAACCACACAGAUAACUGCCUUGGAAUUAAAGGAACAUAUGGCAAUGGAGCAUUAGGAGCUGAGUCUGGGGAGUGCAUGGAUGUUCGUGAAGCGUCACACUGGGCUAGGAGACUUCAACUACCAAAUAUUCAGAUUGAAGCAGAUGCAAAGCUUGUGAUUCAAUCCAUCAACAGUCAGUCCUUACUCGUUCAAUGGGAAAAUAGGAAUUUCAUUAAAGAGAUCAAACAUUUAAUCUCCAGUUUUAUUUCUUGUUCUUUUGUUUAUGUUAGUCGUGAUGAUAACCAAGUAGCAAAUGCUAUUGCAAGAUCAUCUAGAGAAACUAGUCCGGCCUGUGAGAGUUAUGAAAAUUUUUUCUCCUGCCAUUUGUAG